AUGAAGUGGCUGCUGCUGCUCGGGCUGGUGGCGCUCUCCGAGUGCAUCUACAAGGUCCCCCUCGUCAGAAGGAAGUCCCUGCGGACGAACCUGAGGGAGCAUGGCCUCCUGAAAGACUACCUGAAGACCCACCAGCUCAACCCCGCCAGCAAGUACUUCCCCGAGGCGGCCGACAUGCUGGCCACCCAGCCCCUGGAGAACUACAUGGACUUGGAGUACUUCGGCACCAUCGGCAUCGGCACGCCCCCUCAGGAGUUCACCGUCAUCUUUGACACCGGCUCCUCCAACCUGUGGGUGCCCUCCGUCUACUGCUCCAGCCCUGCCUGCUCCAACCACAACCGCUUCGACCCUCGGAAGUCCUCCACCUACCAGGGCACCAACCAGAAGCUGUCCGUGGCUUACGGCACCGGCAGCAUGACCGGCGUCCUCGGCUACGACACGGUCCAGGUUGCAGGCAUCGCCGACACCAACCAGAUCUUCGGCCUGAGCCAGACGGAGCCCGGCUCCUUCCUGUACUACGCGCCCUUCGACGGCAUCCUGGGCCUGGCCUACCCCAGCAUCGCCUCCUCGGGGGCCACGCCCGUCUUUGACAACAUGUGGAACCAGGGGCUGGUUUCCCAGGACCUCUUCUCCGUCUACCUGAGCCCCAAUGACCAGAGCGGCAGCGUGGUGAUCUUUGGGGGCAUCGACUCUUCCUACUACACCGGGACCCUGAACUGGGUGCCUCUCUCCUCCGAGACAUACUGGCAGAUCACCGUGGACAGGUGAGCGCACCAUGGCCCGGCCACCUCCCGGCAGGGGCCCCAGGGCCCAUUGCUCUAUAGACUCACCGCCGCUAAGCUUCCCAGAAUGCCACUGGAAGGGCCAGCACAGGGAGGCAUGGUGGUCAGCUGCUCAGCCAUCAACAGCCUGCCCAACAUCGUCUUCACCAUCAACGGCGUCCAGUACCCCCUGCCGCCCAGCGCCUACAUCCUGCAGAGCCAGCAGGGCUGCACCAGCGGCUUCCAGGGCAUGGACAUCCCCACGGCCGCCGGGGAGCUCUGGAUCCUGGGCGACGUGUUCAUCCGCCAGUACUUCGCCGUCUUCGACCGGGGCAACAACCGGGUCGGCCUGGCUCCCGUGGCCUGA